AUGAAUGUGAGUUGGGUUUGGAGUAUAUCUACUUUUAUAUUUUUUUGAAAUUUGGGUUGUGUACUGAGACUUGGACGAUAAAAAGAGUGUGAUAAGGGCUCUUAAAAAAAAUUUUUCAAAAAAAAAUUUUUUUUGUGCAUAAAUUUUAACUUGGUCCCCCCCCUGUGGCUUCAAAAAAUUGAUUUUUUCAAAAAUAUUUUUUAGGAACUUUUAAUACCCGUGUACGCACAGUUCUUUUUCACAAGUCUGGCCAUGCUGGUUCAUCUCAGUACGGGCUGUGGCAAGAAAAAACCUCCUCCGCCAACGCCUUCACAACAAGUCGCUGCGGCUCCAGCUGCUGCUGCUGCUCCCGCGAAAUCGGAAGCGGGCGCUGCACCUGGUAAGAUUUUUUACUUUUUUUACAAAAUUAUAUUGAAAAAGCUAUUAGUUUUGACAUUACAGUCAAGGCAAAUACGUAUUGUAAUCAUAACUUUGAUUUUUUUUUGUUUUUUAGGAAUAUUUAGGGAUUUUUUGCCAAAAUAAAAAUUUUUUAAAGCGUUUUUCAAUUAAAAAAAAAUGUUGCAAAUUUGUGAAGUACGUUUUGUUAAGCAUGUAAUAUUGUGUACAAAUUGAAAAUUUCAUAGCUAUAUCUUUUGUAUUGACAUAGUUGUACUCAUUUUAAACAUGCGAAAAUCCAAAAAAGUUCGCUUCCUCUUGGAAACAUUUGAAAAUUUCUAAUUCUUUAUUACAACACACCCUACUUUUUCAUUCAGUAACUUAAUAUAUUACUCUAUCUUGAACUUUAGGCCAUAUAAAAAUGUUUUUCUUAUAAAAAAUAACUUGAAUCUACUACAACAUGUUCUAAUUAUGAUACCUUCAGGAGCACCAAAGAGUGUAGGAGCUGCCAAACCCAAGGAGGAGAAGAAAAAGGAUGCUUCCAAGAAGGAUAAAAAGAAAGAUGAAAAGAAGACGGACGAGGAAGAUGGUGAACAACAAUAUGAAGACGUGAACGUCGGCGAUGGCGCUCCACCUCCACCACCAGCCUAA